GGAACAGUGCACGAGUACCAUUGACUCUAGUGUAACUUUGUGUGUGUUCACCCGGCGUAGCUGCCAUCCCGCGCUGGUGGCAAGUGCCCGGUGUGGGGUCAGUAGGAGCGGACAGGGCGGUCCUUGUUAAAUAGAAAGUAAAGGAGCCGCUUGAACGGUGAAGAGAAGUGGAGCUGAGGGCACACUGCGCAUGCUCGCCAUUUUCAGGAGGAAGAGUAGGGGGCUGAAUGUUUCCCAAGUGUGUAAAACUGGCGCUACCUGUGUGCUGUGUGAUGAAGGGAGGUGAUCAGCUGUCAUAAGCGGGCUGUACUGAGGAGUAGUACCCUGACUGAGGACCACCUCCUCCCCUCCAGACACAAUCACCUUGUACAACCCCAGGCAGGCAGCGGGCACGGCUCUCCACACACUUUUCUUCUUCUUCUCCUUCAUAGCCACCAUCGGGCUCACAGGCUUCAUCUUCCUGCCUGCUGUAUUCUGUCCUCUAGCCCCCACCUCUUUCCCCACCCCCUCUACACAUACACACACACCCCACAACCUCCUUCCACUGUCUUCUUCACUGAGUUGUCCAGCAGAAAACACAAGCCACCGUUCAAAUCAGCUGCACCGCACUUUUACCCCAUCGCCCGCCGUGCUCCCCUCCCUGGAUGCCAGGCUCAGGUUGAUGCCCAGGCACAGGUCUCUUUUGUGUGUCGCGCUCCUGAAGCUGGGGGAGCCUACCCGGAUCUCAUCUUCCUUCUCUCCUCCUCCCGGUACCGGGGAAGCAGGCUGGAUCCUGGAGCUGGCAGGAGGCUGCUGCCCGGGGGCUGGACGCUGGAUCGCUACAGGAUGCUGAACCCUACCAACGGCGAUCAGAGCCACAUGGUGACUUAUGUAGAGGAUUACCUGGAUUCCAUCGAAUCCCUACCCUUCGAUCUACAAAGAAAUGUCUCUCUGAUGAGGGAGAUCGAUGCCAAAUACCAAGAUAUCCUGAAGGAAUUGGAUGACUAUUAUGAAAAGUUCCGACGUGAAUCUGAUGCAAUACAAAAGAGACGCCUUUUGCAGUUCAUCCAGAGAGCUCUUAUUCGGAGUCAAGAGCUGGGUGAUGACAAAAUUCAAAUAGUAAGCCAGAUGGUGGAAUUGGUUGAAAACAGAACAAGGCAAGUAGACAGUCAUGUAGAACUGUUUGAAACAUGCCAAGAUUUAAAUGACAGUACAAGUAAUAGCAGCAAGAGCAACCAGGAGAAGGCUAAAAGUGAAACGAUCUCUCAGACUGAAAAAUCCAGCAAUAAGAGAUCGAGAAGACAGAGGAACAAUGAGAAUCGAGAAAAUUCAACGAUUAAUCAUGAUCAUGAUGACCUUACUACAGGAACCCCCAAAGAGAAGAAGCCAAAAACAUCUAAGAAGAAAAAGCGAUCCAAAGCUAAGGCUGAGAGAGAAGCCUCUCCUGCAGAUCUUCCCAUAGACCCCAAUGAGCCCACCUAUUGCCUAUGUAAUCAAGUGUCCUACGGGGAAAUGAUUGGCUGUGAUAAUGAGGAAUGCCCAAUAGAGUGGUUUCACUUUUCUUGUGUGGGACUCAAUCAUAAACCAAAAGGUAAAUGGUACUGUCCCGAAUGCAGAGGUGAAAAUGAGAAAACCAUGGGCAAAGCACUUGAGAAAUCUAAAAAAGACAGGGCAUACAAUAGGUAGUUUACAGAAACUUACCUUGGGGGGGGGGGGGGCUAAUAUGUUGUAUUUAUUGUCCCAGCACACUUAAUAAAGGUAAUAUGGAUUGCAAUUUGUAUAUUUUUCAGUAAGUUUAGGAAUGUAUCUAUUUCCUUUUAUAGAGACAGCAAUAACAUCACUUUUUAUAUAGCGUUGAUUGUCCAUAAACCUACCUAGUGAGCUGGUUAAACAUCCAUGUCAUGUAUGUCUUCUAAAGCUCAGUGUUCCAGGCCCCACCAAUAGCAUAAAAGAACAGAAAACCUAGUACUUGUGGUGGAUAUUUAACGCACUUCUAAACUUCUUAAAGCAUUAUGUCCAUCCACCAGUUUUCAUACAGUUUCUCACUUUUGAACUCAUCAUUGCUUUUCACUCUCCAUGGCUUGGUGUUAUAUCAGAUUAUUUUAAAUCCUGUAUUUGACUUUGUAACCACUGCUAUGCUUUUCAGUUCAAACAUAUUGACCUUGGAUAAAGAAGAAUCCCAUUGUUUGCCCAUAACAUUAUUAUUCCAGCAGUUUAAAUUUUGUAGCUUAUUUUAUAGUGAUGCAAAAAAAUGCAUUUUACAUGGCAGACGUUUUUAUACGGUUUCUUGGUCCAUAAUAAGGUGACCAUUUUAAAACAUUUUUAUUUUAUUUUAUUUAUUUAUCUGGACGGUGGUUUAGUAAUUUCAACACACAAAUCAAGCUUUAUACAGUCACAGGUAAAUAGUGAAACAAUCCUAAUUUGUAUAAAUGUACAUUUCAUAAGUGGAUUUGCACUUGAUGUAUUAUAAUUGGAAAUGCUGACAAAUGCCUCUGUAUAAGCAGUGUGCAUUUUCCUCUGUAUGUAUGAAGAUUGUACAGCUGUGAUACGUAAAAUAAAAGAAAGCUCUAUAGAACA